AGCGAGACUGAGAGCAGCCGUGGACGAGCUGCGGAGGACAACAAGACGCGACCCGGGAGGCGACUGCGCUCUCCGGCUGACUUGAUGCGCGAGUCCCCUUCUUUUCUAUGACCACUUUUCAAAGGAUGUAUUGCGACUGAAAGCCCGCAUUCAAGUGCUGGAAACUAUUCCACCGAAAUGGAAGGGAAUAUCCCAUGGAUUAUUUUGGCUUUUCUGUCGUCGUUGCAUCUCUGCGAAGGAUACCAUUGCCUGGAUAAAAACAGACCUUGUGAGAAUGGGGCGACUUGCGUAGAAUCACCAUUUCGCUGCAUAUGUCGGCCUGGUUUUAUCGGCCCUGUGUGUCAGUACCAAGAUCCGUGCCAUCGAUCGCCGUGUCUCAAUGGAGCUGCCUGCAAGAGUCAAGUGAUAAAUCGGAUCCCUCAGUACAGCUGCGUGUGUCAGAGAGGGUUUCGAGGUCAAGACUGCUCCCUCAUCGACGCCUGUGCCACAAGCCCCUGUGCCAAUGGCGCCCGCUGUGCGAACUGGAAUAACCACUACAACUGCUCCUGCCCGCCUGGAUUCCAGGGGAAAAACUGCCGCAAUGACAUUGACGAGUGCCGCAAACCCGGCACAUGCCUCAACGCCGGCCUCUGUAUCAACACGCAUGGCUCCUUCCGCUGCCAAUGUCCACCUGGAUACAGUGGACGCACCUGCGAGGUGUCCACGCUACCCUGCGCCCCGUCUCAGUGCCUCAAUGGAGGAACCUGCCGCCAGACCAGCGACCAUUCCUACGAGUGCGCUUGCCUGCCAGGAUUUGAGGGUCACAACUGCGAGAAUAAUGUGGACGACUGUCCCGGCCACAAGUGUAUGAACGGAGGAAUUUGUGUCGACGGAGUGAACACCUACAAUUGCCAGUGCCCUCCGGAGUGGACAGGUCAGUACUGCGCUGAGGACGUCAACGAGUGCCUCAUGCAACCCAACGCCUGCCACAAUGGGGGGACUUGCUUCAACGCGAUCGGGAGUCACACUUGUGUUUGCGUGAACGGCUGGACCGGAGACGACUGCAGCGAGAACAUCGAUGACUGCGCUAACGCCGUUUGCUUCAACGGCGCCACGUGUCACGACCGUGUGGCGUCCUUCUUCUGCCAGUGUCCAGUCGGAAAAACAGGUUUGCUGUGUCACCUAGAGGAUGCAUGCGUGAGCAACCCAUGCAAUGAAGGCGCGGUGUGCGACACCAAUCCGCUGAACGGCCGCGCUAUAUGCACGUGCCCCGCUGGUUUUGUCGGAGGAGCGUGCAAUCAGGAUAUGGACGAGUGUUCCAUCGGUGCCAACCCGUGUGAGCACUUUGGCAAGUGCAUGAACACGGAGGGCUCCUUCCAGUGUCAGUGCGGCAGAGGCUACGCAGGUCCACGGUGCGAGAUUGACAUCAACGAGUGUCUGUCUAUGCCGUGCCAGAACGACGCCACCUGCCUGGAUCGCAUCGGAGAGUUUACCUGCAUCUGCAUGCCAGGGUACAUGGGGACCUACUGUGAAGUCGACAUAGACGAUUGUGAGAGCAAUCCGUGUGUGAAUGACGGCAUCUGCCGGGACAUGGUCAAUGGCUUCACCUGCACCUGCCAGCCAGGGUUUACUGGCACCAUGUGUCAGAUCGACAUCGACGAGUGUGCCAGUACGCCUUGCCAGAAUGGAGCCAAAUGCUACGACCGGCCCAAUGGGUUUGAGUGCCGGUGUGCUGAAGGAUAUGAAGGCACGCUGUGUGAGAGCAACAUCAACAACUGUCAGCCCGACCCAUGUCACCAUGGCACCUGCAUCGACGGCAUCGCCAGCUACACCUGCAACUGUGACGCGGGCUACACCGGCUACCGCUGUGAAAACCAGCUCAACGAGUGCCACAGCAAUCCCUGCCAGAACGGAGGCAAGUGUGUGGACCUGGUCAACAAGUACAUCUGCCAGUGCCAACACGGGACCUCAGGUCCAAAUUGUGAAGUGAACUAUGAUGACUGCGCCAGCAACCCAUGUGACUAUGGCAUCUGCAAGGAUGGCAUCAACCGCUAUGACUGCGUCUGCAAGCCUGGUUUCACGGGUCCCAAGUGCAACGUGGAGAUCGAUGAGUGCUCUUCAAGCCCCUGUCGCAACGGAGGGACCUGUGUGGAUGAGGAGAACGGGUUCCACUGUCAGUGUCCGGAGGGGUUCAAACCUCCAUACUGUUACUCCCAGGUGGACGAGUGUGGCAGCAGCCCCUGUGUUCACGGUGCAUGCAGAGAUGACAUCAACGGGUAUCGCUGUGACUGUGAGCCCGGGUGGGUGGGAAAGAACUGCGACCUGGACAGAAACGACUGCCUACCAAGUCCCUGCCAGAACGCUGGCACGUGUAUCGAUCAACUGAACGGCUUUACUUGCAAGUGUCGCCAAGGCUUCAGAGGUAACCUGUGUCAGGUGAACAUCAACGAGUGUGCGUCCAGUCCGUGCCUGAAUAAGGGAACAUGUGUGGACGGUGUGGCUAGUUUCACCUGUCUGUGCGAGCUUCCUUAUAGUGGGCCCACUUGCGCGGAUGUGCUCGCCCCCUGCUCGCCGAACCCUUGUGCGAAUCAGGCCACCUGCAAGCACACGCCCGACUACCUGGGUUAUCAGUGUAACUGCCAGCAAGGAUGGCAAGGUCAGCUGUGCAACGUGGACAUCAACGAAUGCAUCGCGAACCCCUGCAAGAACCGCGGGACGUGCACCAACACGCUCGGAGGAUUCGUGUGCUCGUGCAGAGCCGGAUUCACCGGCGUCACAUGUGAGACUGAUAUCAACGACUGCGCCCCCAAUCCCUGCCUUAAUGGUGGCUCUUGCACGGACGGGGUGAACUCCUACCACUGCAGCUGCCUGCUGGGCUUCACCGGCUCGCGAUGUGCUUUAGAAAUCAACGAGUGCCAAAGCUCGCCGUGUAAAAACGGCGCUACGUGUACGGACUACGUCAACUCCUACACCUGCACCUGUCGCCCUGGUUUCACCGGUAUCCACUGUGAAACCAACAUCCCAGACUGCACAGAAAGCUCUUGCUUCAACGGCGGGACGUGCACAGAUAAGAUCAACGGGUACUCCUGCACCUGCCGCUCUGGCUUCACCGGCUCUCACUGCCAGUACGAGGUCAACGAAUGCGACUCACAACCCUGCCUCAAUGGAGGUGUGUGUCAGGAUGCCUUGGAGUCCUUCCGCUGCUCCUGCCCGAAGGGUUACACCGGCACACGCUGUCAGACCCCCGUCGACUGGUGCCGACGCUCCUCCGCCUGCCAAAAUGGAGGACGCUGUCGCCAGAAGGACUCUUCCUUCAUCUGCGACUGCACAAACGGCUGGUCUGGCAGAUACUGUGACAUACCAAGGGUUUCCUGCGAGACCGCCGCCCGCCAAAGAGGAUUGCAGACGGAUGAGCUCUGCCACCACGGCGGCCACUGCGUCAACACCGGGAGCUCACACUACUGUAAAUGCCCCAGCGACUACACUGGCAGCUACUGUGAAAGCCAAGUGGACUACUGCGAGGACAAGCCAUGCCGAAAUGGCGCCACCUGCAGAGGAUAUGUGGGCGGAUACCAGUGUGACUGUAUGCCGGGGUACACUGGUCAGAACUGCGAGAUCGAGAUCAACGAGUGCCAGUCUCACCCUUGCCAGAACGGAGGAACUUGCAUCGACCUUGUUGGGCAUUACAUCUGCUCGUGCCCCCCUGGCACCCUCGGUGUUCUGUGUGAGAUAAAUGAGGACGAUUGUGCGCCCCCUCUGAGAGCCCGCAGUGCCCCUCCGAAGUGCUUGAACAAUGGCACCUGUGUGGACCGAGUCGGCGGAUACCGCUGCAACUGUCCUCCGGGAUUCACCGGAGAGAGAUGUGAGGGAGACAUCAAUGAGUGCCUCUCAAACCCCUGCAUCCCGUCCAACAGUCUCGACUGCAUCCAGCAGCCCAAUGACUACCAGUGUGUCUGCAAGCCCGGUUUCACAGGUCGGAGGUGCCAAAGCAGGUUCAGCGCUUGCGAGUCUCAACCUUGUCUGAACGGAGGAGCCUGUUCGGUGUCGUCCUCAGCGCCGGGUUACACCUGCACGUGUCAGCUUGGCUACGCUGGUGUCAGCUGUGAAAGAAGCAUGUCGUGCCGGGAGCUGUCGUGUUACAACGGUGGCACCUGUGCGCUGACCACUCGGGGCGCGCGAUGCACUUGCAAGCAAGGCUACGGCGGCCCUCAGUGUCAGCACCACAGCAACGAAGGCUGUUCUUCUAAACCCUGCUACAAUGGAGGCCUGUGCACGGAGGAAACCACGUUCCCUUACUUCCACUGCCAGUGCGCGAGCGGCUGGACGGGCAAGCGGUGCGAGCAGAGCGGCCGGCUCAUGAACGUCCCCGCACCGUGCCCCCUCGCCGACUGUCACAGCAAAGCCAGGAACGGCGUUUGCAACAAGGAAUGCAACACGCUGGCGUGCCGGUGGGACGGCGGCGACUGCUCUCUGGCCGUCAACCCCUGGGCUCGCUGCGCUGACCCCAACUGCUGGAGGGUUUUCAACAACAGCCAAUGCGACGAGUCCUGCAACAACGCAGAGUGUUUGUUCGACAACUACGACUGCACAACAAAGGAGAAAGUCUGCAAUCCCAUUUAUGAGUCGUACUGCAUUGACCACUACGCCAAUGGGCGCUGCGACCAAGGCUGCAACAACGAGGAGUGCGGCUGGGAUGGGCUGGACUGUGCCAUCAAGGUCCCGGAGAACCUGGCCGAAGGUGUUCUGGUGAUCAUCGUCCGGCUGCCACCGGACGAGCUCUUGCGCACCAGCACGGCGUUCCUCCAGAAGCUGAGCGCCAUCCUCCGAACCACCGUCAGGUUUCGGUUGGAUCCCAACGGAGAGAAAAUGAUUCUCCCUUACACGAGAAAAGACGCCCGACUCAAGCGGGAACUGCUGCCGCACAAUGAAGUCAUUGGGUCCAUUGUGUACCUUGAAAUAGACAACCGACUGUGCAUAGAGGACUGCUUUGAUUCAGCGGAAGGUGUCGCCGAGUACCUGGGAGCCCUCAAUGUUCGCGACAUGCUACGCUUCCCGUACCCCAUCGAAAGAAUCGAUGUUGAGAGGAUGCCAACGGAGACUUGGAUGAUACCUCAGUGGGCGAGGUUCAUCCUGGUGCUUCUAAGCUCGCUUUUCCUCCUGGUCUUCCUGGUGAUCGGGAUGCUGAUCGCACGCAGAAAGAGAGAACACAGCACUCUCUGGUUCCCCGAGGGCUUCUUCCUGAAGAAGGAACCCAGCAGCAACAAGAAUCGCAGAGAACCCGUCGGCCAGGAUGCUCUGGGACUGAAGCAUAUGCCAAAGACUGUGGAGGAGUCUCUCCUCGGUGACCACAGUGACCAGUGGAUGGACGCGGACUGUCCUGAACCAAAACGGAUGAAGGUGGAGGAGCCAAGUUUGCUGUCAGACAGUGAGGAUCCAGUGGACUGUCGGCAGUGGACGCAGCACCACUUGGCCGCUGCCGACAUCCGAGUACCCCCCACCAUGGCCCUCACUCCCCCUCAAGGAGAGUUUGAGAGCGACUGUAUGGACGUGAAUGUGCGAGGCCCAGAUGGUUUCACCCCGCUCAUGCUGGCUUCGUUCUGCGGCGGCGGCUUGGAGCCCGAGGUUCCGGAGGAGGAAGAGAAUGAGGAAUGCUCGGCCAACAUAAUCUCUGACCUGAUCUAUCAGGGCGCCUCGCUCGCAGCUCAGACCGAUCGCACCGGCGAGACCGCGCUCCACCUGGCCGCCCGCUACGCCCGCGCUGACGCCGCCAAGAGGCUGCUGGAUGCUGGCGCAGACGCCAAUGCUCAGGACAACACUGGGCGAACGCCCUUACACGCCGCUGUGGCGGCAGAUGCACAAGGUGUCUUCCAGAUUCUCAUUCGAAACCGUGCCACCGACCUUGACUCCAGAAUGUACGACGGUUCAACCGCCUUAAUUCUAGCCGCACGGCUAGCGGUGGAGGGCAUGGUGGAGGAGCUCAUCACCUGCCAUGCGGAUGUGAACGCGGUUGAUGAAUUAGGAAAAUCUGCGCUUCACUGGGCUGCUGCGGUAAACAACGUGGACGCCACCCUCGCCCUCCUGAAGAACGGUGCAAACAAGGACAUGCAAGACCUGAAGGAGGAGACGCCUCUGUUCCUAGCCGCCCGUGAGGGCAGCUGCGAGGCGGUCAAAGUGCUGCUGGCUCACUUCGCCAACAGGGAGAUCACAGACCAUAUGGACCGACUGCCGCGGGACAUUGCACAGGAGCGCAUGCACCACGACAUCGUGCAGCUUCUGGACGAGUACCACACAGUCAGGAGUCCCCAGGGUCACGGUGGGGCUGGACUCCACCUGACCGGCGGACACACGCUGUCACCUCUGAUGUGUCCCCCCAGCGCCUUUUUGCCCAAUCUGAAGAAUACUCCGCAGGGAAAGAAGAACCGCCGGCCAGGAGCCAAGGGUUCCGGCAUGGCCAGUCAGCACGCCGCCAGUCUGAAGGAGUCGGUGAAGGCCCGCAACAAGAAGCUGACCUUGGACAUGCAGAGCGCCUUGCUGGAGAGCUCAGUGACCCUGUCUCCGGUUGACUCGCUGGACUCGCCUCACGGUGGCGCGAGUAACGCCGGCUACAUCACCAACCCGACGUCCCCCGUGGCCAUGCCAUCGCCGGGCCUCUUCCACUCCUCCAUGUCGGUUCCAAACACCCCUAUGGUGCACAACAGCAUGAUGGACGGCAGCGGCCCGUUUGCCGUCUCCCUGGCGCAGCUCAACGCCGACCUGGGCGGUGGUGGAAUGCCCAUGCAGGGUCGCGUCACCAUGGCGUCCGACGUCAACCGCGGUUACGUGAUGAGCUCGGGCCAGAUGGGACUCAACAUGGGGUUGGUCAAUCCAGUCAGCGUCCCCUUCGACUGGCACAGCCGGCUGCCCCCGGCCUCCCAGUGCGGUCAGCAGGUGGUGAACCUGGUGCAGAGUAGCCAACCAGGUAUGCAGCAGCAAAGCAUGCUGAUGCACCAGCAGCAAAUGUACCGGAACGCCAUGCUGCAGCCCACCCCAGUCACAUCCACCCCCACCAUCAGCCCGGUCAAGCUGCCCUCCAUCGCCGAGCAGCAGCUUAUCAACCACACCAUCGGCAGCCAGCAGAACAUGGCCCGGAUGAGCGCCUCCACUCCGCCGACGCCUCAGACCUCGCAGCCCCCGCCGUCCUUCUUCCAGCAGAUGUCGCAACAACCCACUCAGCCAUCAGCUCAGCCAGCACAGGCCACCACACCGGCAGCUCAGCCCGCUCAGCCGAGCAGCAGCGCCGCAGGCACGGAGGAUUACCCGACCCCGCCCUCUCAGCACAGCUACACCUCCGCACUAGACGCCACACCCAAGCAUUACCUCCAGCUACCCAGCGAACACCCCUACCUGACCCCCUCCCCGGAGUCCCCAGAGGCUUGGUCCAGUCCUUCGCCCCACUGUGUUUCCGACUGGUCAGAUUCCACGCCAAGCCCGGCCGUGAACGGAACUGCCCAGACCCAAAUCACUCAAAUCCCAGAGGCCAACGGCAAGAUGCAGGUGUUCGCGUGAAGGUCGCCGAGCGGGACGAGGGUUUGAAAGGAUCGUGGACCGGCUCGCGGGCCUGUCUGUGCUAAUAAGAGUCAGCCUGUUUCCAAGAUUUUCAUUGGAUUUGGACUGGCUUCCUCACAAGGACCGUCUACUGGUGAUUCCGCCGAGAAAAACGAGUAAAGGGAAACGUGUGUUGUCUGAGAAAACGUCGGACAAUUGAAUGAAGUAAUUCUGUCACAGAUGGACUUAUUAUUAAAAAAAAAAUGUUAUAUGAAGAAAACCUAGUCUUUCAUUUCAAAGACGUUGGAACACUAUCCUGAGAACUAACAUUUAAACUAGAUGAGAGAAAAGUGAAAUGUUGAAGGGAAUUCUUUAAUUUUUAUUUAUUUUUAUUUUUUAUCUCUAAACUGUUGGGUUUUUUUUUAGUUGUUCCUGUCCUAGUUUCUCACAUUUUUUUUAUAUGGACCACUUGUGUUUUCUAUUUUGCCAGUGUGGCAAGUGAUGGUAAAAUAAUGUUAUUUAUCACUGAGACCUGAUGUCAGAACAGAAAGAGCAAAUUUAAACGAUAUUUAUUUGGCCAACCGUGUUGAUAAGUAGAACUAGAAAAUAUCUUUAAGGCAAAAAAAGGUGAGAUUAAUUUGUGGGACAUUUUCAGUUAAAGUAUUAUGGAUAAGAAUGUAGAUGAGUGUCUGUGAAGCACUUCAAAUGACUAGCCUUGUGGGGCGAACGUGGGGCGACAUUUCACUACUGUGGGUAUUUAUAUGUAUAAUGUGAGUGGCAUUCAAUGGGCCUUUUCUCUAAAUGGAAUCCAUCCAUUUCAAUACUAGCCCCGUCGCUUCUCCUCUUCUCUUCCAUUUCAACAGAUUAACCGAGACUUUUUUGUCUUUAAAAUCAGCCUGCCACUGCCCUUUUUAGUUGAGGUAUUUUUUUGUGUUCUUGUUUGUUUAUUUUAUACUGUUUAAGUUCGACUGCCACACAUUCCUGUUUCAACGUCAGAUGUACUAAGCUAUGCUUAUCAGCUGCUAUUUGAUAUCAUUCCUCCUCCUAGACAGACGAGAGCUUUUGAGCAGUGAGACUCCCGGCAUCUGGCGACAACUUGGGUCCGGGUGAGUGUCCGGCUGCUGGGCUGUGGCUACUUAGGCCUUGUCACUCCUCAGGGAGGCGUUUUAUGGCAUGCAGUGGAAUUGAAACGGCUGCAUUUACAGUAGCUUCCCAGCUGCGACGUCACAUCUCAUGAUUGUAAGGAGAGCCCGAAGGAAGAACACUACUGUGUAGUGCCGCCCCUUUCACUUUCGACAAACUCUUCCAUCGCACUGUCGCGGUUUUACCCAACUCUUCAGAUCUGCCACUUGUCAUGUAACUUGUCUCCAUUUAUUCUGUUGUGUCAGCUGAGAUUUUGGGGGACUCCUUCUUCAUAGUAGACCACACAAAGUAUUUUGUACAGUUAUGUUCCUGCAUCUGCUUGUAAAUAUGUUUGUUCCGGUAGAUCUAUGUUCAAAAAGUCUUAUGCUUCUAUAAUGAUUGUUAUGUACUAAAAAUGACAAAA